AUGGCUCACUACACAGCCUAUAAUAUCCGUAUCAUCCUGAUCCUGACUCUCGGCUCACUAACCUACGGAUAUGGCCUCUCCGUCAUCUCGAACACGAUCGGCCAGCCGGGCUUCCUCGCGUACUUCAACCUCGCUGCCAACGCUACAUACGCCACGCAGAUCAUCGGCGCAGUGAACGGCAUAUUCUCCGCAGGAGGCGCGGUCGGCUGCGUCACCGUCGCCUGGACGAGCAAUAGGUUCGGACGGAAAUGGAGUAUGAAUGUCGGGUCGGUGGUGUGUAUAGUAGGCGGAGCGCUGCAAGCGGGGAGUAUCGAUGCAGCGAUGUUUAUCGUCGCGAGAUUUAUUACGGGAUGGGGGAUGGGCAUGCUGGCGGUGCUGAUACCCAUAUAUCAGGCGGAGGUGAGCCCGCCUGGGUCCAGAGGCCUCCUCGUCGGUCAACAUGGAAGUUGGAUUGUGACUGGCUACGCCAUCGCAGGCUGGAUUGGCGUCGGGACGUACUACUCGUCCAAUCUGAGCUUCCAGUGGCGCUUCCCGAUCGCCGUGCAGUGCCUGUGCCCCCUGCUGCUGCUGAUAUGCAGUCCAUGGGUGCCGGAGUCUCCGCGAUGGCUACUCAUGCAAGGCAAGGAGGCCGAUGCAUGGCAAAUCGUCGCUAAGUUACAUUCGAACCCCACAUCGGACCCGGACCAGGUAUACGCCCGGGAGGAGUUUUACCAGAUGGUGAAGCAAGUCGAGAUGGACGCCAAGCUGUGGGAGAGCGGAGGUGGCAUCAAACAGCUUGUCACAAAGCCGUCGUACAGGAAGCGGAUGUUUAUGGGCUUCUUCACGCAGUAUGCCGCACAGAGUACGGGGGCGAUGGUCGUGUACAAUUAUAUGGUCACGUUGUACGAAGAUCUCGGGUUUACGGGAGCGAAGGUGCUCAUGCUGGGCGCGUCCUACGUGACGGUGGCAGCUGCAGCCAACUUCUUGGCAUCUGUCAUCAUGGACUAUAUGGGGCGUGUACGCUUGCUUUUGAUUGGCUUGACUGGCUGCAUGGUCACCCUCUCUCUCGAGUGCGCGAUGUUCGCCCAGUUCGGCGGCACCGCAGACCACGUCGGGAACGCGCUCGGGGUGUUCUUCAUCUUCUGCUACAUCUUCUUCUACGCCGGAGGGAUCGACGCUACGAGCUACGUGUACUGCUCCGAGAUCUUCCCCAACCACGUCCGGUCGGAGGGGAUGGCGUGGUCGAUGAUCGGCACGUUCCUUAGCACGAUCCUGUAUCUGGAGGUCGGGCCUGUGGCCUUGGCGCAGGUCAAGUGGAAGUAUUACCUCCUGUUUAUAUGCUUGACGGCGAUUGAUAUUGCGGUGAUCUGGAGAUGGUUCCCCGAAACGAAGGGCCUCUCGCUUGAGGAGAUCAAUGGCAGAUUCGGUGACGAGGUCGCUGUGCACUUCAAUGACGAAGAUGUCGCAGCAAGGCGAAAAGACGAGGGUCCGAAGGAGUCAGGAGGGAAGUCGAUCGAAACGCACGUCGAGACGUUGGAAGAGAAGAGCCGGUCCGAUUCUACGACGUCAUGA